UUAUUUAAUAUUUAUUUAUUUAUUUUCCAAGUAAAGCACUCUACAUACUGCGUUCAGCCUUAAGCCCUAAUUCGCUCUCGUUUCUCCCUCGGUCUCACUCCUGAAGCUUCUAGCUCUUCAACCUCCUCCAGUCCCUAACAAUGGCAGCUAUGCUGCAACCCCAGAUCAUAUUGCUGAAAGAAGGGACCGACACAUCUCAAGGAAAGGCACAGUUGGUGAGCAACAUCAAUGCGUGUACCGCAGUGGCAGAUGUGGUGCGAACGACUCUCGGGCCGCGGGGGAUGGACAAACUGAUCCACGAUGAAAAGGGAAAUGUCACCAUUUCCAACGAUGGUGCCACUAUCAUGAAGCUCUUAGACAUCGUUCAUCCCGCUGCUAAGAUCCUUGUCGACAUUGCCAGGUCUCAAGACUCCGAGGUUGGUGAUGGAACAACCACUGUGGUAUUGCUUGCGGCUGAGUUCUUAAGAGAGGCUAAGCCUUUUAUUGAAGAUGGCGUGCACUCACAAAAUUUGAUUCGGAGCUAUAGGACUGCUUCCUCCUUGGCAAUUGAGAAGAUCAAAGAACUAGCUGUCAGUAUAGAGGGAAAAAGUCUGGAAGAGAAGAAAAACUUGCUUGCAAAAUGUGCUGCUACAACACUUUCUUCUAAGCUCAUUGGUGGAGAGAAAGAAUUCUUUGCAUCAAUGGUUGUUGAUGCUGUGGUUGCAAUUGGAAAUGAAGACAGGAUGAACAUGAUUGGAAUAAAGAAGGUUCCAGGCGGUAAUAUGAGGGACUCCUUUCUAGUGAAUGGUGUUGCCUUCAAAAAGACAUUUUCAUAUGCUGGCUUUGAACAACAACCAAAGAAGUUUCUCAAUCCUAAGAUACUCUUACUAAAUGUUGAGUUAGAGCUGAAGUCUGAGAAAGAGAAUGCUGAAAUAAGACUAUCAGAUCCGGCACAAUAUCAGUCUAUUGUUGAUGCAGAAUGGAAUAUCAUAUAUGACAAGUUGGAUAAAUGUGUCCAGAGUGGAGCCAAAGUUGUUCUUUCACGAUUGGCUAUUGGUGAUCUCGCUACGCAGUAUUUUGCAGACAGAGAUAUCUUCUGUGCUGGUCGUGUGGCUGAAGAAGAUCUUCAAAGGGUUGCUGCUGCAACUGGUGGAACUGUACAGACAUCUGUCAAUAAUAUUAUUGAUGAGGUCCUUGGAACUUGUGAAGUUUUUGAGGAAAAGCAAGUAGGAAAUGAGAGGUUUAAUAUAUUUAAUGGUUGUCCAUCUGGCCGGACAGCUACCAUAGUUCUCCGUGGUGGAGCUGAUCAGUUCAUAGAGGAAGCAGAACGAAGUCUUCAUGAUGCAAUCAUGAUUGUUAGAAGGGCUUUAAAGAAUUCUAACGUAGUUGCUGGUGGUGGUGCUAUAGAUAUGGAAAUCAGCAGGUAUUUGAGGCAGCAUGCUCGUACAAUAGCUGGGAAGUCUCAGCUUUUUAUCAACUCUUAUGCUAAAGCUCUUGAGGUCAUCCCUCGGCAAUUAUGUGACAAUGCUGGAUUUGAUGCAACUGAUGUGCUGAACAAAUUGAGACAGAAACACGCUCUUCCUUCUGGUGAGGGGGCACCAUACGGCGUGGACAUCACCACUGGUGGAAUUGCUGACUCAUUUGCUAACUUUGUGUGGGAGCCUGCAGUUGUGAAGGUCAAUGCUAUAAACGCUGCCACAGAGGCAGCUUGCCUUAUCUUAAGUGUGGAUGAAACAGUUAAAAACCCGAAGUCUGAGAGUGCACAAGGAGAGGCUGCUGCUAGUGCCAUGGGGGGCAGAGGUCGUGGAGGUGGCUUCCCGGGUCGUGGGGGGCGAGGUAUGAGAAGGCGAUGAGCGAAGUUAAAAGCUGUAUAUCUAACAUGCAAAAGUGAACUUGAUGUUGGUUUCUGGCUUUAUGGAAUGCGCUCGCUGGAUCCAUCUAUUCUGCAGAUUGAUGUUGGCAGAGGAAUCGUCCUGUAUUUUGAUCUAAUGACCACUUCGUCAUGUCGAACUAAAGAUGCGGGUAGCAUCCCGAGCGCGUCCAUCUGGUCGCUUUUUUUAAUUUUAUUAUUAUUUUUGGCUUUAAAGCGUUCUUCUGGUCACUUCUAUGCCUGUUUUUCGUUGGAGGGAUGAAACUAUUGUAUGAUAGUUGAUAAAACUUGUUAUAUUGCAUGUGAAAUUUUGCGGCAGCUUUUUCUGAUACUUAAAGGUCAUGUAUUGUUGUUUUUUCUGAUCUAA